GAUGAGUGGUUAUAAACUGCUGUUCUCCAAGGUGAAAUUAUGUAAGUGGACACGUCCACUCAAUGCUGGUGUAGUCAGGCGUGGAGUGGCUACUACUCCUUCCUCCUACAGCCCGAGGGUGUGUGUUGUCGGAAGUGGACCAGGAGGUUUCUACACUGCACAGCAUUUAGUCAAGGCUCGUCAAGAUAUUGAGGUGGACAUUUACGAGCGUCUGCCCGUGCCCUUUGGCCUGGUCAGGUUCGGAGUAGCUCCUGAUCAUCCUGAAGUCAAGAAUGUCAUCAACACGUUCACACAGACGGCCAAUCAUGCACGCUGUCGUUUCUACGGUAACGUGAACGUGGGGAAGGACGUGAGUGUUGAAGAGCUGCGGCGAGCCUACCACGCAGUCAUACUGAGUUAUGGUGCAGAAGGAAACAGAAGUAUGGGAGUGCCAGGAGAGGAUUUGCCGGGUGUGUACUCCGCCAAAGAUUUCGUCGGAUGGUACAACGGAUUGCCACGCUGUCGAGAGCUGAGUCCGGAUCUCAGCUGUGAAACUGCAGUUAUUCUGGGACAAGGUAACGUUGCCCUUGACGUAGCACGUGUCCUGUUAUCGCCCCUUGACAUUUUAAAGAAGACUGACAUCACUCAGCCAACUUUGGAGGCUCUGGCGGAGAGCCAGGUCCGCAGGGUAUUGAUAAUUGGCAGAAGAGGUCCAACACAGAUCGCUUGCACAAUCAAGGAGCUCAGAGAGAUGGUGAACCUGCCGGGUACCAAACCUGAGAUGGUGGCGGCAGACUUUGAGGGUCUGUCAGAGGCUCUUAAAGAUGUGCCAAGGCCCAGGAAGCGUCUGACAGAGCUGUUGUUGAAGACGGCUGUGGACGUCCCCGGUGAGAAAGAGCAGGAGAGAAGAAGCAAGGCGUCCCGCACCUGGGGCUUCCGAUUUUUCCGGAGUCCCGUCGAAGUCCUCGCGGACACAGAGGGCGGGAGAACUGCAGGGAUCCGACUGGCGGUCAAUAGGUUGGAGGGUUCGGGCGACGGAGCCCGCGCCGUGCUCACUGGAGAGGUGGAGGAUGUGAGCUGCGGCCUGGUCAUCAGCAGCAUCGGCUACAAGAGCAUUCCCAUCGACUCAUCUGUGCCAUUUGACUCCCACAAAGCCAUCGUUCCCAACACCAUGGGUCGCGUUCAGCAAACUACAGGUCUAUAUUGCAGUGGCUGGCUGAAAACUGGCCCGACCGGAGUGAUCGCCACUACAAUGAACAACAGUUUUGACACCGCGCGGUCCCUGGUGGAGGACAUGGACUCGGGGACGCUGGAUGUGUCUGCUGCGAGGCCCGGGUCCCAAAGCAUCUGUGCUCUGCUGGAAGAGAGAGGAGUGAAACCGGUGACUUUCUCCGACUGGGAGAAGAUCAACAGCGUGGAAACAAGGAGAGGUGAAGCUGUGGGAAAACCCAGAGAAAAACUCCUGAGUGUGGAGGAAAUGCUCCAGGUGGCUCGAGCAUGACUUAGGAGAUAAAGAUGUUAAACACUGAGUAAUAGGGACCUGACUUACGCGGAAAAGAAAGGGCAUCAUAAAAUAGUCAACAUGGACUUUGAACAUAUGGUGCACAUUGAAUGUGUCUUUGUGUUGUCACGCCUGGGCCACACUGGAUGCACGAGCAGCAAAUUCUGCUUUUCACAACUUCCUAUAACCGUCCCAUACCGAGAGCUGUUACCUGUUCUCGCUGCGAGCUACAUGCACCACACUUAAUGGUGCCAGUUUCAAAAUAAAAGGCACUCUCGCGUUGUGUUCGUCUUCAACGAGUCAAAUCAUGUUGUUCAACUAGGCUUUUGUUGUAAAAUAUUUGCAGCACUUCACACUGAGGAGUCCUGGCAUUUAGUCAAGAACACAGGUGCAUUUGAAAUGUUUAUUAUAUUUGCAUUUCAAAAGGCAAACUGUAACAUAGCAGCAGCAGCACAUACACUCCACUCAUGUGUCCAGUGUGACCCUGGCCAAAGUUAAUUCUGAAUGUUUCCUGUUCCUCUAAAAUCAAAGCGGAAUCCUGAAUGGAUGCCAAUAAUGAACCUAUGUACUUGAUUUUAUUGUAUGUUUAAGUGUAAAUCGUGUCUAUAUAUAUCAUUUUGCACAAUACAAUUAUAUAUAUAUAAAAAUUGUAUUCCCAUUUUGGACAAUAACUACCUACUGCUGUAAUCUAAAUAUUUACCGUUUGUCUUCUAAGAACAUAAGUGUGAAGUUUAAGUUGCACAGAUGUUUUUAAUUUUUGAGGACCCAACCAUGACAAGUGCAUGUUAUUGCAAAAUACUGGCAUAAAGAGGUUAAUUCCUGUCCAACCACAUCAAAUCUGAACUGUUCCCGAGAACUCAUUUUAAUUAGGUGUGCAGCUCAGGCAAGGCAAGACGGAACAACUACUUCCUAUGCCUGUAUUUGGCAUUUCUUCUCAGAAAUGUAGCAUAGGUGAAAAACAGAUUAAAGUAUGUAAACCUUAUUCUUUGAGGGUACCAGGGUUCUGGAAUCACUUCCUACUGAAAUGCAAAUAACCAGACAGGUUGACAGCCCAUCACAAGGCUAAACACAGAAAACAUAUCAAACCUAAUGUUCACAGUAAUCCUAACCCAAAUCUGAUUUUUGUACACACACACACAGUGCCUUAAAACCAUUUUUUCCCCUGAACAUUUUAUUUCAAAACUACAUGUUCUAUUUUUCUGGGAUGUGUUCAAAUAAAGUUAAAAUGCUAUUUUAUAGCAUUGCUAAAAUCCAAUCCAAAUGACAUGGAGAGGAAAAAUAGAAUGACUGUUCCUUACAGCCAUACACCAAGUUGACCCAGGGAUUUCCAAAGAGUUAAAAGUGAUUUUUUUGUUUGGGAAAUUUAACAGCAUUAAACCUGUGUUGCAAUUCUUUCUAAGGAUUGCGAGAUCUGUCAUUUAAAGAAAGCCAUGGAGGAACAAAAAACAGAUACAAAUCUAGUUUUUAGAGUUUUAUUCAAAGCAGAGACAGAUAAAUUGGUACAUGCAGAUACAUCUUAUCCCCUUUUCCACUAGAACUGUGCCAAACUGUCCAGAACUGGCUCACUCUACACAUGAAUAUAAAUGACAGAAUCAACUAACGUCAAUAAACUGUAGAAACAUG